AUGGCUGCCCGAGCCGAUGCACCAACCGCUCCGACCGCGCCGUCUCAGAGAAAAUCGGUCGUGGCGCACCUGCAAGACUGGGGAGUGUCAUGGGCCACGACCUCGAUGCCCUCCGCCCUGCGCAUCACCACGUCCCCCAGUCCCCAACGCAUGCGGGUGGCCUGGACGUGCAUGGGAGUCUUGUCCAACGAGGCCCAGCUCCUUCACGGCGGCACCGCGUCUCCCCUUUGCCCGGCCGCCAACGUCAUCCGACUGCAGGAAACAGUCGCUGCUACAUCACCACCUCGGGGCGACGAACUCUCCUUUCCUGCCUUGUUCUGUCGAAACACGCCGCAGCAACGGUUGACCAACUCGUUUUCCGUAGCUUCUUCCCUCCCCCCGGCCCUCCUGGCAACCCUCGUCACGGCCCUCCACGCCCGUCCCCUCCAGAAGCUGCCCCUGCUCCUCUUCACGCCUCCGCUGCUGUUCUCAUCAUACCUCAACCUGUCGGGAUACACGACCGGUAGCGCUGGCCUCGCAGCCGCCUGGUCGGGGCUGUAUGCCCUGCUCGCGCUACGGAGACGCCAACCGCUGAGGAGCAAGUUUUCCGCGAGGGGCCUGGUGAGAGGAACAGCCGUUGGCUUGGGGGCCGCCAACGCGAUUGCCGGCGGAUGGGUGUACUUUGGCGGCGAUUUUGCAAGGGACGAGCAGGAGAGGAUCAGGAGGAACAGAUGGGGGCCCAAGGACGAGGACUAG